AUGGCUUCCGGCAGACCCAGACGACCAGUUCUAUUCAAACGUGACGAGGAGUCUCCCUCUCCAUUUGUGCUCCGGGUCCAGCGGGACUUAGCGGAGCUUGCAAGAGACCCCCCACCUGGGAUAUACGCCGCCCCUGAAGAGAUCGACGUGGCGCGCAUCUACGCCCUCGUCGUGGGGCCUCCUGACACUCCCUACGAAGGCGGGUUUCUGUUUUUUCACCUCACAUGUACCCCAGAAUACCCGUUUGAACCGCCCAAAGUUCGCUUCUUGACGACUGAUGCAGGCCGUGUUGCCCUCCAUCCAUUUCUCUAUAGAAAUGGUAACGUCUCCCUCAGUAUCAUCGGGACUUAUGCAGGCCCGGAAUGGAGUUCGUCACAAACACUGAGCAGCCUGCUGUUGUCACUUCAGUCACUGCUCAGUCCCACACCGUAUUUCGACCAUCCAUUCAAAGUCCAUGCUAACAGGCAGCAGGAGAAGAAUGCAGCAGAGGACUACGCAGCCUACGUGCGUCACGAAGUGGUUCGAGUGUCUGUCUGCGACAUUGUGGAAAGUUGCCUGAGCAAGACUUCAACAUACCCGGCAGAACUGCGAGCUAAGGUUCUGGACCUGUUCAUUCAAAACUACGACCACUACGAACUAACCGUGAAGAAGGACAUUCACCUAUCCGGAACGGCUAUCGUGAAUCCAUUCAGUUCGGGCCUCGGAUCCUACCAGCACGAAGUGCUUCUAACCCGACUGCAAAGCAUGAAGGCUGAGAUCGAGAAAAGACGCGAGGCCACCGUGCCAGAUGCACUCGAGUAG